UGAAAUCGAUGUGAACGACGGUCGUUUUUACAUCCUCAGUCAGGAUCGUUAAUGGAUUUCAGAACGAACUGAGUGAAUUGAGUGGCGUGCAGGGACAACUAUGGAGCGUAAUGUUGGAUCACUUCAGGAGCAGGCCUUGAAGAGAAAAGAGAGACUAAAAGCACUAAGAGAUAAACAACUUCAUGGGCGAGAGCAGGAAGAUGAUGAGCCAGAGAAGAAAAAAGCUUCACUAGAAGAGACUGCAGAGGAGAGGCACAGAGAGCUGAAGCUGAGGAAUUACACCCCAGAGGAUGAAGAGCUGAAGGAAAGGCAGGUGCCCAAAGCCAAACCAGCAUCAGUGGAAGAUAAAGUAAAAGACCAGCUAGAAGCAGCAAAUCCAGAGCCCAUCAUUGAAGAAGUUGAUCUGGCCAACCUCGCCCCGAGAAAACCAGACUGGGAUCUAAAGCGUGAUGUUGCAAAGAAACUGGAAAAGCUGGAGAGGAGAACACAGAGAGCCAUUGCUGAGCUCAUCCGGGAUCGUCUGCGAGGCAGUGAGGCAGAGUUGGCCGAAGCUGUGGGAGCAGUGGGAGCAGAGGAGGGAGAUUCCGACUGAGUCUAAAAGGUGACCGUUAAAAAAAAAACACACACACAAAAAGAAGAGGACAGCAAAAGUGUGGAACCCCACAAGGACAGCGGGACUUUACUUGGACUGUACUGUCACAUCUGUGUUGUGCUCAGAGAGAACGUUGUUUUAAUCGCUUCCCUCGGGUCCAAUUCAUCUCGUCAUUAUUACACAUGAAUACAUCGGUAGUACAUUCUGUGUAUGUGGUUUAUUAAGGUGCAUUGUUAAUGUAGUCAUUAAUAUUGUUAUAUUUUAUAUUCAAGUAAAAUAAUGUGAAUUUUUCAAA